GGGGGCCCGAUUAACAUAUUAAUGUGUAUAAAAUUAACGGUUCUCUUGCCGGCGUGUGGCAUUUAUCAAUUAAAAAUUAAAAUAUGAGGUGUGAAAUUAAUUGUUUGUGCGUAAUUGUUGCUGUUUUAACACUCUCAUCUGCCGGUAACAUCGGCGCUGGCUUUCCCUUCGGCUGUAUUUACGUGCGCGAUGAGUGUCCCAAUGAGCACAUCAAGUUUUGGCUCUACAAAAACGCCACCAGUGAACCACAACUCUUAGAUCCCCGAAACCUCACAACCACCGACUUUGAGCCACGCUGGCCUUUGAAGUUACUCAUACACGGCUUUAACGGUAAUCAGUAUGCUUCACCGAAUCUCGAAGUGCGUUCGGUGCUACUGCGUACCCAACGCGUCCAUGUGAUCUCUGUGGAUUACAGCCGUCUAGCGGCAUUCCCCUGCUACUAUCCGUGGGCGGUGACUAAUGCGCGCGUCGUGGCGCGCUGUUUAGCGCAGCUCAUAGAUAAUUUAAUUGAUAAUGAUAUCUAUAGCGAUAAAGAUAUACAUUUGAUUGGCUUCAGUUUGGGCGCACAAAUCGCCGGUUUGACAGCGAAUAGUGUGAGGCAACCGUUACGGCGUAUAACAGGUUUGGAUCCCGCCGGUCCCGCUUUCGUCACUCAUAAUCGCAGCGAAAAGCUUGAUCACACUGAUGCCGAGUUUGUCGAUGUCAUACAUACAGAUCCGUUCUUCUAUUCCACGUUAGAUCGUAGCGGUCAUGCGGAUUUCUAUCCAAAUUUGGAUAAGUUCUUUCAGCCGGGUUGUAAUAUUGUGCAGGAUGGCCGCAUACGUAAUUGCAAUCACUUUCGUGCGCCGCUUUAUUAUGCCGAAUCGAUUGGCAGCGCUCGUGGCUUCUGGUCUUAUCAGUGUGGUGAGUGGUUGCAAUUUGUUAUGCAGCAGUGUCGUCAAUAUGCCGAUGUGCCACACACCCAAAUGGGUUAUUUCGUGUCGAGAAACGCCUCUGGAUCCUAUUUUCUACAAACCGAAGCAUUUGCGCCAUUUGCCAAGGGUCCUAUUAUCGACGUGGAACUGAAUACAGCUAAACCUGCUGUAAAUACUACAAUUAGAAACUAGUUUAAUAAAAAAAUCUACAGAAAA